AUUGUGCUAGUAUCAUCCUGUAUACUGUACGAUUGUCUACAGUACAAGCAUUCUCAGGAGAGACAACAAGGACUCAUGCCUGACUGCAGCUUGCAUACAUUUUUUCAGGCCAUGUCCCCUCUACCCGCCUAAGCUCACCCGCCCGUAUAACUCAUAGUAGAGGCCUUAAUCACUACGUUCCAACAUAAAAUAAGCCCAAGGGCGUCUGAGGAAUUGAAGUAAUAGACACAGUCCUCAACAGAAAUGGCAACAAUGAUGAAAAUGUACUCUAUGGUCAGCGCUAACUUUCAGCCGAAAGGUAUGUUCCCCCCUUUUCUCUUCGAUACCCCUAUGGUGAAGACCAGAUGGCGAGGGAAUGGGUGGAGGGGUCCACUGUAGCAGGCUCGGAUAUUCGCCAUGUUCAGAAGGGAGUUAGCGGCCGAAUGGUAAACUGACGAGUCCGGACACAGAGCCGAUAAAGUUAUACCUACCAACACAUGAGAUGUGGUGGAAAAUACCAUAUGAGUCUAAAAAAGUGCGUCACUCCUCCCUCUUCGCUCCCUAAUCUUCCCUCUAACUAAUGAAUCCCCUUCCCCUCUAUAGAACCUCGCCGUUGAAAUCGACGAAAUCCUGAAAGACAUUCAACAAGCCCAAGCUGCGGCUAAAAGGAAGAAAGUCUACUUGACCUCAAUCGCAAGUUACGGCAUCGGGAUGCCCUCCCCGGGCAGAUGGGUCCUGGUGGACUUGAAGGACGGCUCCUUAGUGUACCAGAAGUAUAUGGAAAGCCUGGUUUACCCAGGGGCACAGUAUAUCGUACUUUGCCUGGGGUCUACGGAGAUUCCCAGGGGAAUUUUGCGGCCGCAUAGUGUCGGGGAGGGAGGGUUCGGUGAAGGCGGGGAUGAGGAUGAGAGCUUUGAAGAUGUUGGGGAGAAUAUCGAUCAAGUUGCUUAGCGGGGGCACAAUGGAGGCGGGGAUGAGGGAGCGGCGUAUGAAGGGUUUGGAGAGAAUAUUGAUCGAGUUGCUCAGAGGUGGGGAGGAGAAGGAGGUUGAAACGGUAGAAUGGGGGGAUUGGUCGUAUUGUGGGGGACCUUCCGAUUGGGGGAUCGGGAUUUUAACGUUCGGUCCCGUUAUCUAAGCGCACAUGUUUAUGUGAAUACGAUACCAGAUAAAUUAAUUCCAUUCGCGUGGAGAG